AUGACUGAACUUGGGCUUGCAUCUACUCUCAUUGAAAUGCCUCUUAUAAAUCCACUGAUCAACAGAGAUCCUAUACAUCGGAUGGAGAGUUAUCUGGAUACCACUGUUGGAACCCAGUGUACUGCUGAUUAUUCACAAAUGAUGACUCAUCCCAAGAUAAAUACCAGAUGGUCUUCUUGCCCUCAAUACUGGGUACAACAAAUUAUAUUGGUGCAUGUUAACCCUGGGGAGACCCUCACCAUCAAGUCCGAUGAUGGGAGCAUUCAAAAUAUUCAAGGACCUGCUGAUGUACCUUUGAUGUCACCAAGUGGUACUUUACCACCAAUAUAUCUUCCUCCUGGUUACAUGUCUCAGGUGGUGGAAGUAAAUGGAAUUCGAAAAAUUAUCGUUGUGCCUCAGACAACCGACUACUACAAGACCAUGUCUGCUCCUAUACAACAAGUAUCACACUGCAUGGCACCAACUUUUAUGUAUCCACAAGCCACUCAACUGAUGUAUCCCACAUCUCAAGGGGAAUUUCUGCCACCUUACAUUCAAGAGCCUGUGCCACAGCAGCUGCCACCACCGCCACUGCUGCUACAGCCACGACUAUUGCCACCACCACCACCAUUGCCACUACCACCAUUGCCGCCACCACCACCAUUGCCACCACCACCACCACUGCCACCACCACCAGCAGCAUUUAUAUAUCAUGAGCAGCAUGAAACCUAUUCCCAUGGAAGAGUAAAUUAUAACCAACUUGAUGAAAGGACUGGUAAAAUGGAAGAACAUAUGAAGAAAGAAAUGCAAGAAAGACAGAUUGAUGGACACAAAAAUAGCUGUAUGAUUACCAACACCUCACUGCUUUUGAACCAAGCCAAUGAUUUUCCCAGUAUUCCUGGUACUCUGAACACUUACACUGUGGACUAUGCUCCAAACACCUGCACUGUUGACAGUACUUCAAACACCGACACUGUGGACAAUACUUCCAGCAACACUGUGGACAAUACUUCCAGCACUUACACUGUAGACAAUGUUCCAUGCACCUACACUACCAAAGACACUUUGAGUACCUGCACUGUGAACAAUACUCUGAACAUUUACACUGCUGACAAUACUCCCAGUACUCACACUGUUGACCACCCUCCAAGCACUUAUAUUACUGACAAUACUCCAUGGAAUUCUUCCAUUGACCAUGCUUCUAAUACUUCCACCACAGACACUGAUCUGCACCCUUCCACCAGUGAAAAUAGUGUUCAGAGCCCUUCCAGCACUAACCAUGCCUCCAAGACUUCCAUCUCUGACAGUACUCCCACACCACCACCUAUUGACAGUACUCCAAGCUCUUCCAUUCUUGACAGUGCUCCCAACCCUCCCAUCUCUGAAAGUGCUCCAAGUACUUCUGCCACCAAUGUUGCUCUCAAUACAGCCAAUGCGACCAGCACUUCCAACAUUGCUAGUGCUCACAUUGAAACUAGUCAUGGAAACAAAUGCAUCAAUCCAGGAAGUGAAGACAUCAAGUGGAAACCAGAUGGAAAACGAAGCAAGAGUCCAUCAUCAAAUACUGCAGAAAAAGAAUGCAGAACAGAACAUGGAAAGUCUUGCUGUUUCAGCAUUGAGAAACCUGUAGUUUCUGAUAUUCAGACAAGCUCUGCUGUUAUUUCAUGGAAGACACAUGGUUCUGAAAAAUGCAAUCAUACUAAAUCUCCUGUAACAUUUGAAUUAGCAAUAUCUAACAGUGGUAAAAAUGGAAAAUAUAUAAAUGUAUAUACUGGUGAUGAAUUUACAUUUACUCUACUUGAUCUACAGCCGUUCAUGGUCUAUUUUGUAAGAAUUACAACUGAAAGAGGCUCAGCACACAGAACUGUGUCUGAAGUGGUUAGCUUCACAACUUCAGGUUGCAAACCAGACCCUCCGCUUGCACCCAAACUGAUUAAUCGAUCCAAGAGCAGCCUGAAUUUACAGUGGAAAGGUUCCAAUGGUAAUGGUUCUAAAAUAAACAGCUUCUUUUUGGAAUGGGAUGAGGGCAAAGGUGAAGACUUCAAAAGUUGCUAUAUAGGUACCAUGAAACAGAACAAGAUCCUUAAACUGAAUGCUUCUACAAAAUAUUCAUUCAGAUUAGCUGCCAAAAAUAAGUUCGGCUUGAGUGAUUUCAGUGAAAUAGCAGUCUUCCAUACAUCAGGAACUGUGCCUCCAACACCUUCACCCCCUAAGCUGAAAGAAGCAGGAAUCUGUAAUUUGUCACUAGAAUGGUGUGCCCCAACUAACACAAAUCCAAAUGACAGUCUUACUUAUGUACUAGAAAUGGAGGAAGCAGGAUCUGGGUUGGGUUUUAAACCUGAAUACAAUGGAGAAUAUCUUUCAUGCACUAUAAGAAAUCUUCAGAGAAGUACCACAUACAAGUUCAGGAUCUUUGCCUGCAAUACAGAAGGAAGAAGCAACCCCAGUAGAGAAGUAAAAUAUGCUACCUGUCCAGAUAAGCCUGGAUCCCCUAAAAAACCAUAUAUAAAGGGAAAGAUCCAUGCACACAGAGUAAAAAUUGGAUGGGAACCACCCGAAGAUAAUGGUGGGACAAACAUUUCAAGUUACAGUUUAGAAGUUAGGGAGAAUUUGGAUGUGAAUUUCUGGAACAUAAUCUACAAUGGAACCACAAGGGAAUUUCUGUACAAUCACCUGCAACCUGGUACUACAUAUAAACUAAGAGUCUUUUGCACUUCACCUAUAGGCCAUAGCCAGCCUUCAGAUAUAUUGACUGUUCAGACACCUAAUCUUUCUCCUGCAUCUUGCUGUCCUCCACCCUUGAAUGGUAAAGUGCAGUCCAAAGAAACCAACAUCCAAUGCAACAAUUCUCCUACAAAAGGAAAGUCUGAAGUACUUAUAAAUGUCAAAAAGGCAAAUGGUAACCAAGAUGAUGCACAAGGGCACUCUGGCUCAGAAGUGAGAUGCACAUCUGGAUCUCAUUCAGUGACAUGUGAAACUGCUUCAGUCCCAAGCCCUCCUACUCAAUGUGGUAUACCUGUGCUAACCUGCAAGAGUCCAACCUGUGUUGUUGUUAGUUGGGAAGUUCCUGUAUGUAAUGUUGCUGAAAUCACUGAUUACAGACUAGAGUGGGGACAAACUGAAGAUUCGAUGCACUUGAUUUACACUGGCCCUUGUCUGAGCUAUGAAGUUAAAGGUCUCAUUCCUGCCACUACAUAUUUUUGCAGAGUUCAGGCUGUAAAUAUAGUUGGAGUUGGAAUGUUUGGAGAAACUGGUAUAGUAACCACACCAGCAACUAUACCAGCAGUAGUAACAGUGUUACAAGAAUUUGAAAACAAAGUUCCUGCCAAAUUGGCAUCAUCUUGCAUUGCUAUUCAAUGGGAGGAACCAGAUUGCCAUGGUUCUGCAAUCACCGGCUAUAACAUUGAAUAUGGAGACAGAAAAAUGUUGACUGUUAAUAGAGUAACAGAAUGUCUUCUGAAAAAUCUACAGCCUGAUACCACAUACAAAAUCAGAAUUCAAGCUAUCAAUCAUUAUGGACUAAGCCCUUUUAGCCAACCAAUAAGAACCAAAACCAAGCCACUGCCACCUGAGCCUCCACAACUUGACUGUGUGGCCUAUGGGCACCAGAGCCUCAAACUGAAAUGGGGUAACUCUUCAAGCAAAAGAUUACUUUCUAACCUUACAAGCUAUAAUUUAUUAAUGGGAGAUCAAUCUGACAGAUUUUCUAUUAUUUAUCAUGGACCUUGUCAGAGUCACAGGGUACAAAGAUUGAGUGAACACACGCAAUAUAAAUUUAAAAUCCAAGCAUGUAAUAAAGCUGGUGAGGGGCCACUGUCUGGUAUCUAUACUUUCACUACAACCAAAACCCCACCAGCCACACUUAAAGCACCUAAAUUGCACCAGUUGAAUAACAAUACUUGUGAGGUCAAAUGGGAAUCUUUGGAGCCAAUAAACGGAGAUUCCAUAGUUUACAGUCUUCAGCUCAUCAGUGGAAAAGGAACUGACCUGAUUUACAAAGGACCGAACACAUCAUUCUCCUUUUCCAACUUUCUCACAAAUUCACAUUACCGCUUCAAAGUCUGCGCUGGACGUCAAUAUCAGAAUUCUGCUGGGAUACAAGAGCUCUGGGGACAUUGUAGCCCGAGUGCUCUUUUCUCAACCUAUAAGCAACAGCCAGGGCCUGGCAAAGAUGUUAGAAGAAAAAGGGGAAGCAGCCCUAGUGAAGGGAAACAUGAAAAACUCAAGAUAGAGAUGAGUGAUGAUACCUUUGUUCUGAUCCUUGUGAUAGGAUUUGCACUAAUUGCCAUUCAAUGUGCUGCUAUGAUUCAGUACCUCCUUAUCAACUAA